AGCAGCCUGCUCCCUCUCAUCCUCCUGCUCUCCGUCCGACAAUGCGGGCACCAACUAAGGAUUUAUAAUUUUUCUUUAUUCACUCUCCGUCGUUGAUUCUUCGUCUUCACGGACUGUUCCAGUGAUGUCGCCGCAUCCACAGAUCUGAGAAAUUAAGUUGAGUUGAAAGAGAAACAGGAACGAGGAUAAAACUCACCCCUGACACCGGCUCCACCAGCUCCAUCCCACCGUUCCACCCCCAGACCCAACCUCCCCUCACCCCUCUCAUAGCUCCAGGGCUCUCCAAGGGUUCCUCGCCAGGUUCUCCAAAGGGUUCUCUGUGGUGUUCUGGAAAGCUCCAUUCGCCUCGGGGGCCUCGGACCUUCAUGCGUCUCCCAGCGGCAGAGUCCACCCACACCUCCACCCACCACACCACCACCACUACCAUGAGCUGUGAACAGGAGUUUGGAGACGGGGCCAUGGGGGUCACGCUCACGCUGCGCCUCCUCAUGCACGGAAAGGAAGUUGGAAGCAUUAUUGGCAAGAAAGGAGAAACAGUGAAGAGAAUACGAGAAGAGAGCAGCGCGAGGAUCAACAUCUCAGAGGGCUCCUGUCCAGAGAGGAUCAUCACCAUCACGGGUCCGACGGACUGCGUGUUCAGAGCCUUCACCAUGAUCACGUUCAAACUGGAGGAGGACCUGGCAGCCCUGGUAGCCAACGGCACAGUGACCAGCAAGCCUCCAGUCACCUUGCGGUUGGUCAUCCCGGCCAGCCAGUGCGGCUCUCUCAUCGGCAAAGGCGGCUCUAAAAUAAAGGAGAUCAGAGAGACGACAGGUGCUCAGGUGCAGGUGGCAGGUGACCUCCUCCCGAACUCCACAGAGAGAGAGGUGACGAUAUCAGGGAGCCAGGACGCCAUCAUCCAGUGUGUUAAACUCAUCUGCACUGUAAUCCUCGAGUCUCCACCGAAGGGAGCAACUAUUCCAUACAGACCCAGCCCGACCCCGGGAACCGUGCUGCUGGCAGGAAACCAGGUGUUCGAGGCUUCAGACUUCGGGUCUCACCCCCUGUUCUCAGUGGCUCAGGGAGGAGUGGACCUACAGCAAACAUACGCGGUACAGAGCCACUACGGCAUUCCACAUUCAGAGUUAGCAAAACUCCACCAGCUGUCACUGCAGCAACAAGGCCUGGCCCCAAUCAGCCAAUCAGCUACACAAGUCCUACCUGGGGUGGAAGCCAAUUCCCAAACCACGUCUCAGGAGCUGCUCAUUCCAAACGAUCUGAUUGGCUCAAUCAUCGGUCGCCAGGGCACCAAGAUAAACGAGAUCCGGCAGGUAUCGGGGGCUCAGAUCAAGAUCGGCAGUCAGAUAGACAGCACCAGUGAUCGACACGUCACCAUUACCGGCACGCCGAUAGCCAUCAACCUGGCUCAGUACUUAAUCACUUCCUGUUUAGAGACCGCCAAAUCCACCGCCCAGUCCUCCUCCAUGCCGUCUCCCGUUGACCUGACCAUGAGCUUCACCCAGCCCGCCCCCCCUGCCUCCGCCUCGUCCUCCUCCUCCCCCCUGGCAGCGAUGGGUGCCACACUGCCCCACGCUCCCAUCCUGGGCGCUCCCUACGCCCUCCCCCUCUCCAGCCUCCUGGGAGUGAAAUCCAUCCCUUACCUGGCACUCUCCACCCCUCCCACCUCAGCAGCAGCAGCGGCGGCGGCGGCGGCGGCUAUCGGGGCGCCCAUGUUACCGGGCUCGGUAGCGACGGCGGCGACCGCGGGCGUUCCGGUUCAGGCUCACGCAGCGGCGGCUCUGGCGUCCUACACGGCCAAGAUCUCGUCCUCGGCCAACGGGAUGAAGAAGCCGGAGAGACAGAAGUUUGCACCGUACUGAUGAAGCGGGAAAAGAAAGAAUAAUCACUGAGGUAGCUGCUGGGAAAGAGGCUGGUUUUUUAGACGGGAAGGGCAGUUUUAUUUUCCGUCUUCUACUCUCUCUCUUUCUUUCUUCUUCCUCUGCCUCUCUUCCUUCUUCAUCACUCAGAAAUAUUAAAGUGGGAUCAUUGGAAAAUGUAUGAUUUCAGAUGUGACUUAAGCCCACCACGUAAUACCGUACUGACCUGAAUAUGAGACCACACCUGUUUUUGAAAAGAAAGAAAAAAAAAACGCUUUGAAGAUACGACACACUUUCAACACUCGUCCUGUUGGGAAAGUUUCCCUGAGAUACUAUUAAUCCCAGAAGAAGAGAGAAAUUCUUCCAUUAAAGCAGAACAUAAAUCUUCUGCAGUCAGAACAUCAUUUUCACUGUAAUUUAUUUCCUCUGCUGCAGAUGAUCAGAAACUCCUGCAGGACUGGAAGAAACUCACUAGCCUAGCAACAUUAAGGCUACUAACAACCCAUAAUGCAACACUCUCUGUGUUCUGAUCUAGACAUCCCUCGUUGUUAUAUUCCUGCCAACACGGCAGCCGCACGCAGCAACAAACAGAGGCUGUAAAUUCAUGUGUUUCUAACUAAACCCGUCGUUUCCUCUGCAAAACUCACACAAACAAUGAUAAUGAACUGCCAAAGUCUGUUAACUGAACUCUGUGUGACAGCAGAUUACCGCGACUCUCGUCAUAUCUUUGCCUAAUCAGAAAAGCAAUGAUGGGAUUUUGUCAGAUUUCCACGCUGAUAUAUAUCCGUCUAAGCUCCACAUGGGAAAAAUAAAUUGAAGAACAAAUAGAGGAUGAUGAAUAAUAUUCUCCGUCUUGCUUUUUUUUGACCUUUUUUUACAGGAUACAAACACCACAUUCAUGUCGUUUUUUUUUUCUUUUAGUGGCAAUUUCAAAAACUUGUUUUGUUUGCCUGUCAAAGCCUUUGAAAGCCUGGCGAGUGUGACAAGAAUGUUGUGCGACUGAUAAAACACAAAAGAAUAUCUGUCUGAUCGCUCAUAAUCCCGUAGUACUAAUCAUCAGGCAGCAUGUGGGAUAUUUUUGACUUUUCAUUUCUCAGUGGUGAUUAUAAAAUGUGCAGACAAUCUUGUACAGUAGCUUUGUAGGGGGGAUGACAUACAGCGAGCAGGAAGCUUUGUUUUGGUAUUUUUUGCAUCAAAUCUUCACAUUUCUGUGCAGAUAUUCAUCGGUUUAAUAAACAACUCAGGUUACAAGACUCCUCUCAACUUGCCCCUUGUAGAUAAGAGUUCCUCAACACAGCCAUAACUCAAAAAAGUCACAAAUUACAUGUCGUAGUUUUCAUUAGUUUAUAGAAAAUUUGGGACUGACACAAACCCAGGGAUGCUUUAUGUCUCUGUGUUAAUUCAGGGUAUCAAAUAGAUCUUCUCUUACAGCAGGGAAAUACACUCUGACACAAGCAUAAAGGUCCUCACACUAAAGAGUUCAAUCUCUCUGAAAACAUCUGCCAGUCAGAUGGUUAUAUGUUAGAUUGUAGGUUGAGUUUAAGAAUAAUAAUAAUAAUAAUAAUACUGAUAAAAUUGUUUUGUCUAUUACAGUUACUUAUCUAUUUAUUUAAUUAUUUAACUGUAGUUUAAAUUUCUCUGCAAAAACUCUUCUAUCAAUUCGACUCGACUAGAGGCUGUUUAUGUAAGUUCACACGUAUGUUACAUCAGUUUAUUUUAACAGAUAUAACGGACGUCUACUGCGUCAUGUUUAGCUGAGAAGGAUUCAUGUGUUAUAACUGGGAGAGAACUGGUCUAAACCCUCCUGUAGUACAUGUGGAUAUUCCAAAUUUACAACUUAAGGAAUUAAAGAAAUGAAUAAAUUAUAUGUAUUUUUGGGUUGAUCAGGAUCUGUUUCUUUAUUCCAUGAACAUCAUGGAAUAAAGAUGAAUUAAGACGAGAAAGAAAGAGCUUUGUGGUUUAAUAAUAAAGAAAGUGCACGUAAAGUAAUAAACUUUUCCCUCUGAUAAAUCAGGGAAAAAGUCCAGUUCAGCAGGUCAGUAUCGUUUUCCAAUAAUCCCACUUUGGUUGUGUUUUAUUGAUGACUUGUUUUUGCCCUGAUCGGAGUGACUGUUUGAGGGUCGGCGGGUGUUUGUAGCUACUGUACGAUGAUUCUGAUAUUUAAGGUUAUUUGGGCCAGAAAGCCUGUAAAAGCCAUAGAGACUAUUCAGCUUUCCCCUCUUUCUCUCUUUAUUCUAUUGUAUACUCUCAUAUUUAUUGACUAAUAUGAAAUAUUCCCUCAGAGAGUUUAUAUCACUGGUCACUAACACUGAGCUGAACAACUCGGCUUUUGUAUACAAUGAUGUCUACUUGUAUAUUUCCUUUCUGCUUCCUGUCUGUUAUUUUUUCUUUAUUUUUAGUAUUUGUUGUAGAGUUUUUUUUUUUUAAAACCUACAACAGAUUUAAAAAAAACGUAACAGUGUACUUGUUUUUGUUCACAAUUUUAAAUGUGUUGUUUAAAUUAUUUUUUAACUUAUUAAGAUGACUAUUACAUUUACAGUUUUAGAAAUAAAAAAAAAACAAAAUCUUUCUUUUUCCAACAUGGCUGCAGGUAAAUACUAUAAAACUGUAUUUUUUUUUUUCUGUUUUCUAUUUAGUUGUGUGAACAAAAUUAACUUUGUUUUUGUUUUUUUGGGGGGGAAAAAACGAUCACUGUACCAUUAAUGCUAAUAACCAGAUGUUUUUUGUUAGAUAGAAGAGUAGUGUUUUCACUUGUGAGCUCAAACUGGACAUUUUACCACACACACUUUCUGACUGGGGACAUGUGUUUGUAAAAGUCUGCGCUGCUUCUCAACUUUCAGCCUCCACAGAACUACAAUAAAGUAGAACCAACACUUCCUGUCAACUUAUAUGAACCUAAAAUCUGUUAAAGUUGGUAUAAAAGAAAAGAAAAAUCAUAUUUCCUGACAUAAAUGUAAUUUUUAUGUGGAAAUAUCUACAGCAAGGAGUUUUGGUAAAGUGAGUUUUGAAAGCCAGUUGUAUCAGCAUCUUGUUAAGUCAUUCCUGGAUCAGUAAUAUCGAUCAAUAAUCCUGUCAGCUGUUAGCAGAUACAUCAGGGACACACUGUGUAUCUGGCUUAAACACACUUCAACGCAAAAUCAUCUUUUCCUCGUAGACUAAAGGGACGAUGCAUCGCUCUUACUCACAAUAUAAAGGAUGAAAUCAUCAUUUUGUUGUGUAGCCUAUAACAAAGUAAAACAUCAUAACUAGCUGAUUAAAGAUUUAAAGAGGAUAAAAAAGGCAUCGUUACACCGUAGACUGUAAAUAAUAAUGGACAUAGUCAUUGGUUUGUGGACUCCUGCCUUGAAGCCUCGAGUUUGGCAUUUUGACCGUCGCCAUCCUGGAUUUUUGGAGCCAGGAGUGACCGUAUUUGGACGAGACGGUGGAGCUGACCCUAAUGCUAACUGCUAGCUUGGUUAGCACGGCGCAUUUGCAGUGUACAGUUAACUGUUAUAAUGCUAAUUUGCGAAAAACGGCCUUAAAACCAUUAAAACAAAAUUAACUUACCCAAAAAACUGACCCUACCUGCUUGAGUUACACGUUAAUGAGCUGACCCUAAUGCUAGCUGCUAGCUGCUAGCUUGGUUAGCAUGGUGCAUUUGCAGUAUGCAGUUAACUGUUAUAAUGCUAAUUUGCGAAAAACGGCCUUAAAACCAUUAAAACAAAACUAACUUACCCAAAAAACUAACCCUGCCUGCUUGAGUUACACGUUAAUGAGCUGACCCUAAUACUAGCUGCUAGCUGCUAGCUUGGUUAGCACGGUUCAUUUGCAGUAUGCAGUUAACUGUUAUAAUGCUAAUUUUCACCAGCGAAAAAAAGGCCUUAAAACCAUUAAAACAAAACUAACUUACUCCAAAAAACUGACCCUACCUGCUUGAGUUACACAUUGAUGAGAUUUUUAACGAGGUUUUCCUACUUCUGGACCAGAAUCUGGAAGUUCCGGUUUGACUUUGCCUCUCAAUUUGAACAUCAUUAAUUUAUUUAUUCAUUUAGGAAUUUUCAGUUCACGUAACUGUUGAAUAACCUUUUUCCUGAUGUUUCGAUCUUAUUUUCUAAUAAUGACUAUUGAUGAGAUCUGAGUGAUACUCAUUUCUGUACUUCCAGGUCCACAUUGCUUAUAAAACUAUGCCAUUUCCUCAUUAUGCACUCAAAAUCAAUACUGUCAGUCACCACUCUCAGACUUUUAGACAUAACAGUUGGAUUAUUGAUCACCCUCACGGUGCUCCCUCCCUGCUGUAUAAUGGUGAUUGAUGGAGAAUCAGAUCAGGGUUGAGGUUAGUCUACUUAUUGUAGUUCUGUGGCAGAGUUCUGUUCUCUUUUUAUUUCUAUUUUUUAUUUUUUUUUAUUUUUCCAACUAAACUGAUGCUCAGCGUGGUUUACUGUCCUUGCCAGAGUGUCAGAGACUAAUGCUGCAUGUUUGCUUGGCCUCACUAACACACACACACACACACACACACACACAUGUAAAUACACACAAAAAUGACAAAUCAAUUAGUGUAACGCACACGUAUAGAUACAGCCAAUUCACACACACACACACACACACAUACACACACAGGCCUUGGUCAUUGCACUGACAGUGUGAACUAAAAGCAAUACUAAACAGAGCGGAUGAGUAGCUACACAUCGCGGAGCAACAGCGGCAGGCAAAUAUACGUGUGUGUGUGUACUUUUCAACUGUAACAAACACAUUAAUAUUUAACUUGGUGGGUUGUCGAUGCAUAGAGUUCUCUGGUCCUUUUUUGUUUGUUUUUAAAAACAAUGAUGAUAAUGUGGUAUAUCAAACAAGCUCACUUAUUUUUAUAAAGUCAGAUAACCUUGUUGAUGAACUGAAUUGAACUGUGGACACCCGUGUUUAAUCACGUCACUCAUCCGUCCUCUCCACUGUCUUCACUGUUUUCUGUUUUCUGUUCUCUCUUUUUUCCGGUCUUUCGUCGUUCAUGUGUCUUUUCAUCCAUUUGCAUGAGUUUGACUUGAAUUGAUGUCUAUGCAAAAACAUCUCUGUGUGGUUCAGCUCAGUCACCCAUGUGUGGAGUCACGUGGAGGCUGCGCUGGUGCUUGUGAAAGUGGGCUGAAGUAAAACGAAAGGGCUAAAAGGAGAUUACGGGUCUGACUCACAAUACAUCUGCCCUGAUGAUCAAUUCUGGUUUUGACACUUAUUUUUAUCAAAGACAAUAGUACAGAACAUCACUGCCAGGCACUGUGACAUCCAGAUCUCCAACAUUGUAUUUUAAGGACAGCAAAUCUUUAUGCAGCUUUACCUAAUUUGCAUUUAAUCGUCCAUGAUUGGCAAAGCAUACAGGAUAUAGAAGGUAAAUGAGAUGAAAUAAAGAGUUAGUGUGAGAGAGAAAAACCACCUGUAACAUUCCUUAUUGUCCUCAAAUUCAAACUUAGCCUCGUUAUAACGUUAGAGUUUACUAAGUGCAAAUUCAUGAAAUUAAAACCACACAAACUAGUUGUUAAGUAAAGUUGCUGCUAAAUAUUCAGAGCCGCUGGCUGCAGGUGGAACUGUUACGUUAGCUAGCUGAACGAACCAACUGACAAAGCUAACGUUGUUUUCAUUAUCAAUUCAUCUGCAGAUUAUAUUCUUGAUUAUUUGUUAGAAAUUAGUCAAGAAUUAUUGUUGUAAUUUUCGAAGAGUAGAAGGUCUUCAGAUUUCUUGCUUUGUGCGACCAACAAUCCAAAAAUCAAGAAUGUUCAGUUUACUGUCACGUACGGCAAAUAAAGCAUCAAAUCCUCACAU